GCAGUUCUGUCAAGCGGUGGGUAACAGUGAACUGAACCAGCUUUCUGGGGAUUAUUAUAACAAUUAUCUGGAAGAUGGCGCUGCGAGCUUGUGGCUUUAUAGUGUUUCGACGUGUGGCCAACAGUGUUCCUCCCCCAGGCAACAUUGAGUACCUGCUGCUGCAGACCUCGUAUGGGGAGAACCACUGGACUCCACCCAAAGGUCAUGUGGACCCAGGCGAAGAUGACCUCACCACAGCCUUGAGAGAGACACAGGAGGAGGCGGGGCUGAGGGCAGAGCACCUGCGGGUGAUUGACAGCUUUGUUCAGGAGCUGCACUAUGAAGUGCGAGGCAGACCCAAGGAGGUGCUGUACUGGCUGGCCGAGCUCCGAGACCCAGGAGCAGCAGUGACUCUGUCUGACGAGCACCAGGACUAUCGCUGGGCCCGGCUGGAGGAGGCAUGCAGUCUGGCCCAGUACAAAGACCUGCAGGACACGCUGCGCGCAGCACACACACACUUACAGACCCAGGGCGACAAACUGUGAUCAAACAGAGAAGACCGUUGACUACAUGCACGACUACUUCCGGUAAGCUGUGAGCCACAGAUGCAGAGAUGUUCUGCAGAAGAUACAAGAAUAUUUAGUGGAGGUUGUGCACAGAGGGAUGUAGAGGCCUUUUUCAUUUGUGCCAACUACUAAAACAACUAAAAGACAAUCUAAAACUUUUGGAUCUUUAUCAGACAUUUACCUUAAAAAGUCCAAGUUUCCCAUGUCUUAUAUUUUACCUGAAAUUCCAUAAUCACAUGAGAGAAGGUGACAAUAAAGUAGCUUAAAACAUUAUAUACCUCAACCAUCAGUGCACAAACAUAGAAAGUGGUUCCCUUAAAAAGUCCAAGCUUCCCUUGAGUGACAACUGAAUCCAUUCACGAUUGUCUUAAUAACACAGUUCAUUUCCUCUUUUUAAAAUGGAGCUAAACGAAGAUCAAAAGAAUCAAUGACAGACAAUUACUGAUUUAACUUCAGUCAUGGCAAAAAAAAAAAGAUGAUUAUCUUUGUUUUUGAAUGUUCAUCAUGAUUAAAAAGUAACAGGACGUAGUGGGGAAAUGAUUUGUAAUGUAAAUAAAGUGAAAUACUCAAACCUGAAAAUAAAUUCCAGAGGCAUCAUUUUA